GCAACAGUUAUCGAAUGAAAUGCUCUUAUAUUUAACUCCGAACCACAAGUUUUAUGUUACCAUUUUAUAGGAAAGAAAGUGUAUGACGAAGUGGCCUGUUGUCAUUUAUUUGCUUCGAUCAAUGAUGUGUAGGCCUGAAUACUAUCCGAAUUUCCUUUGUUGACACUCUUAGAAUGUUGAUUUCAUGUUUUUCGAAGAUGAGUGAAAUGGCAUUAACGAAGCUGAGUUUGCGACUGUGCCAAAGAGCCAUUGUGUCUUUACACAGAUCCUACUGUAGUGUGUCGCCACGGAAUGUCCUCAAACUGCAGGAAAGGGGAGUUGUUCACUCCGUUUUUCCAGCCACACACAUUCAUGAAUUGGAGAAACAGCUAGGCCAUCCAUUGACUGUGUAUUGCGGGUUUGAUCCCACAGCAGACAGCUUACACAUUGGGAAUCUCCUGACCAUUAUUGCUUUGUUACACUGCCAGAGAGCUGGCCACCAAACAAUUUGUGUUGUGGGAGGGGCCACAGCCCAGAUCGGAGAUCCCUCAGGGAGAGCUAAAGACAGAAACCCCAUGAAGCCCGAGGUCGUGGAGAGAAAUGCGGCCUCCAUUACUGAGAGUCUAGAGAGAAUAUUCUCCAAUCACCAGCAGUACUUCUGGAGGAACCAGGGCAGGGAGCUUCCAGCUGUCAGGAUUUUGAACAACAUUGAUUGGUACAGCAAGCAGAGUGUGAUAGAUUUCUUAUCAACAUUAGGCAGAAAGUUUAGGGUGGGCAGCAUGAUGCACAUGUCCAGUGUGAAGGCACGGAUGGAAUCAGAAGAAGGACUGAGUUUGACAGAAUUUACAUAUCAGGUGUUCCAGGCCUGUGACUGGCUACAUCUGUAUGAUAACUAUAACUGUACUGUACAGGUGGGGGGAAGUGAUCAGCUAGGGAACAUUGUGUCUGGUUAUGAAUUCCUCACCAAGAUACACAAGAGACUUUUCUUUGGACUAAUGGUGCCAUUAUUGACAACAUCUGGAGGAGAGAAAUUAGGGAAAAGUGCCAACAACUCAAUGUGGUUAAAUCCAGACAAGACAACACCAUUCCACCUGUACCAACAUUUUGUCAACCUUCCUGAUUCUGAUGUAGAGACUUACCUCAAGUUGUUUACCUUCCUGACAAAGAAUGAGAUCCAGGACUGCUUAGCUGACCUGAGGGACAAACCAGAAUUAAGAAGAUCCCAGAAAACAAUAGCAGAGGAAGUAGUUAAACUUGUUCAUGGAGAAGUAGGACUGGAGCAGGCGUUGAGGUGGACGGACGUGUUCUACAUUCAGAAUGUAGAGACACUAGCGGUACUGUCUGACCUCGAGGUCAACAUCCUGUUCAGGAAUUCCCCCAUCACCUCCCUCCCCCUCUCCCCAGGGCUAAAACUGUCAAAUGUCUGUAACAGAAUCAACGUCUUCAAAAACCAAGAUGAGACGGAGAAGAAGAUAAGGGCGGGGCAGGUGAAGGUCAAUUUUAGGCAGGAGAGGAACCCGGACACUGUGCUGAGAGAAAUGGAACACAUUCUGCCAAACGACAUCACUCUUAUAACGCUAGGGAGAAAGAUUCACCAUGUAAUCAAGUGGGUAUCCUAGUGCUUAUAGACACAGGUUUUAUAUGUGUGAAUCAUCGUAAUCAAAUCAUUAUAUGUACUGACUGUGAAUCAUUGCUCCAGGAAUGACCCUGAUGAGAGACUUGGUGUGAAUAAUAAAUUUAAUACUAGCUACAUACUUCCCUUUUGUUUUUGAAGACUGUGAUACCGGUAUGUAGAAAGCUGUUGUUACAAAAUCAACUGCAGCUAAACUUGUGUACCUCAAUCACUGAUGUCUCAAUAACCAUGGAGCAAAUUCCAGAUUUACAAACCUCGCACAGAGAAUGUUAUAAAGAAACUACAUGACAGCAGGAGUGAAUAAACAGUCAUUACAUAGACUACAA